CAGUCUAAGCUGACCCACAGACUCAUAAAAACCAACAGGGACUCAGGCACCCUCACACAGGACAUCCAAACUCUUGGACCAAAGGUGCAAGGACUUGCUCACCUCAAGGAUCUCAUUGCUUCCUUGGGGACCAAGAAAUUGAGUUUUUGCCUCUACAUUCACUCUGGCAAUCCACGAGGCUUAAUCGAUUUUGUUGGGAAAUUAGCUCUGCAGCAACAGAGGCAGCCAGCUCAGUCAUGCACCAGGCAGCAGGGGACCUCGGGCCCACGUCUGACUCCACACCACGGGGUUCAGGGCCAGAGACUCUGGGGCGCCUGUGGGCUCUCUCCAGAUCAAGGCACUGACAAAAAGAAUGUUCAAACAUCUUAGGAAAUGGUUUUUCACUCAUUUUUUUGGACAGUCUCGGCAAAGAGCAAGGCUGGUCUCCAAAGAUGGAAGGUGCAACAUAGAGUUUGGCAAUGUGGAGGCACAGUCAAGAUUUAUAUUCUUCGUGGACAUCUGGACGACGGUGCUUGACCUCAAAUGGAGGUACAAAAUGACCAUCUUCAUUACGGCGUUCUUGGGGAGCUGGUUCCUCUUCGGUCUCCUGUGGUAUGUGGUCGCCUACAUUCACAAAGAUCUUCCUGAGUUCCAUCCUUCUGUCAACCACACCCCUUGUGUGGAGAACAUUAAUGGCUUGACCUCCGCUUUUCUGUUUUCUCUGGAAACACAAGUGACCAUUGGCUAUGGAUUCAGGUGUGUGACCGAACAGUGUGGCACCGCCAUUUUCCUGCUCAUCUUCCAGUCUAUCCUCGGGGUCAUCAUCAAUUCUUUCAUGUGUGGCGCCAUCUUAGCCAAGAUCUCCAGAUCCAAAAAACGUGCCAAGACCAUUACAUUCAGCAAGAAUGCAGUGAUCAGUAAGCGAGGUGGGAAGCUUUGCCUCCUAAUACGAGUGGCGAAUCUGAGGAAAAGCCUCCUUAUUGGGAGUCACAUAUAUGGAAAGCUUCUGAAGACCACAGUCACUCCUGAAGGAGAGACGAUUAUUUUGGACCAGAUCAAUAUCAACUUUGUUGUGGAUGCAGGGAAUGAAAAUUUAUUCUUCAUCUCUCCCCUGACAAUUUACCAUGUCAUUGAUCACAAUAGCCCCUUCUUCCACAUGGCUGCAGAGACCCUUCCCCAGCAAGACUUUGAAUUAGUGGUGUUUUUAGAUGGCACAGUGGAAUCAACCAGUGCUACCUGCCAAGUCCGGACCUCCUAUGUCCCAGAGGAGGUGCUUUGGGGCUACCGUUUUGCUCCCAUCGUGUCUAAGACCAAAGAAGGGAAAUACCGAGUGGAUUUCCAUAACUUUAGCAAGACAGUGGAAGUGGAGACCCCUCACUGUGCCAUGUGCCUUUAUAAUGAGAAAGAUGCUAGAGUCAGGAUGAAGAGAGGCUAUGAGAACCCCAACUUCAUCUUAUCAGAAGUCAACGAAACAGAUGACACCAAAAUGUGAUGGUGGCUUUUCAAUGCAUAAGGCAAAGACUCAAAGAUACCUAGGAACUAGAAGCAUUAUAAAGAAAUCAACAAUUUGGGGAAUGAAAAUUGGACAACAGUCUGCAAAGACUACCAGCACCGGGCCCCUGAACCCCAUCACCGUGAUCCUACAAGACAGUAGCUCUACAGGGCAACUGUGCUAGAACAUGCAAUGUGUUUAUGGGAAACUGGAAUAUGGGAGCCACAGAAACUCACUUGGAAUUUUGAAUAAGAUUAUUUGAAAUCAUGCAUCGUCAGUGGGAACAGACAAAAUCAUCAAAAAUCUCAUGGACAGGCCAAAUGAGAUAUUUUUUUUUAAAGUCUCCUUGAAGAAGUUACGAGCUUUAGAUAGGAUCAGGGAAAACCCACGUUCUCGUUUUGAUUCUACUGAAAAGAAAGAAGCCACUUCAUUUUAAUGUUGGCUUAGCAAAGGAAAAAUUGUCUCCUGAGUUGGAAUAGAUGAACCAAUCCAAGACAAUGAGAAAAGACUGAUGUACAAAGAACAUCUGACCUUCUCCAGCACUGGUGGUGGGAGCUUUUGUCCUAGUCUGGGUCAUGCUGUGUUUCCAGAGGAGCAAGGGAAGGCUUGGCUCAGCCGUGGACUUGGCAUCUCUCUGUGUCCAGCGUGGCGAAUCCGGACACCGAGGCCCGAGCGAGUUGGAUUUCGGCACAAACAAUCUCACGUGGUAUAUUUAGACGGAAGCUAAAUCACCGCUCCAGAAUCUCAAUGAACACAUUCCUACAAGGAAGAAUGCUUGAUUUGAGAAGGGUGGUGAUUUUUCUUCCAGUUUAUGCUGAAUGGGAUAAGGGGCUACAAAUCUGUCGAUUUGUAUUUCCUACUCUCCCAAGAAGGCGAUGAGGAGUUUAGAGGUUCAGAGUCAGUUUAGAAGGGCAGUACUGCUAAUGCUUCUGAGAUGAAAAUUGCCUUGUGUUUUUCUGCCUAGGGUUUGUACUGAAACGCUGUUUCUAAAGGAGAAAUGUGGAAGAGAAAGAAAGGGGCUGUGAUCCCACACUGAGGAAAGUGGGAGGUCUUCCCUUCUGCUAAGGCCAACACCACAUCUUCCUCAAAGCACCCAAAGCAUUGAUCUCUAGAGGAAGGUUUCACUGUGAAUGUCUCAUUCAGUGCCACCCCACUACAUUAUUUGGGGAGUAUUCUGAAAAGGAUGGUACUCAAAGCUGCUUAGGAAUCAGUAUCUUCAGUUUGUUGAUUAAUGUAUUAAAUCUCUGAAGAUGUGCAUGUCCUUUCCAGAAGUGUCAGUUCUUGUGCAUUGAUUGUGACAGGCCGACAUGUGAAAAGCAUCUUCUGCGGUUGACUUUCUCCUGGAAGAGGCGGCGGGGGUGGGGGUGGUGGGAAGAUGGUAAGUAGGGCAUUUAAUGUGGUCUCAACUCCAGCUUCCCCGGGAGGAAAGGACCUAGACUUCAGACCUGCCCUUCCCACGUGGCUCCAUCAGGUCCCUGCAGUGUCUUGGCACUUGACGGGGUAGCUACUGGCAGCUGCCAGGGGGAAUGGCUCUGUUUUCCCAGGCCUAGGGUUGAGUUUGUGCAGAUCUGUACACACACUCUGUUCCUUCUAACCAAGACCAGGGGGAAGUCUGAUGGGCUUAGAGCUGUGCACUUUGUCAGCGGCCAUGGCAGUGGCCGCAGCGGCCCCCAUGGGGGAUUACUCUGUGCUUGUGAUUGCAUUAGCAUCACAAUUUAAUCUGUUGACAAAGCUGGAAAAUCAGGUGUAAUAAGCUUGAGGGAGCUAGAAUUCUCUGCUGGCCCAUUGUCAUGCGGUUUUUAUGACUCAGUCCCUUUAUAAACUGGAGGGUGAGAACGCACUCCUUCCUGGUCUUUCUGCUCUUAAGCAAUGUGCUUGGAGGCUGCUGGAGGAAUAAUCACAAAGAAUCCAUUCCUUUUGAUUGUGAAGAAAGCUGGGCAACUGGAGUCUUUGUGAUUGGCAUUUCGUUCUGGUGUGUCUGCUUCCAAAUAUUCCUGUAUUAGGAUUAAGGCAUUCUGCUGCUUGGAGUCUCCUUUUUAAUGCAAAUUGCCAUUGAACUUCUAGCAACCAUGAACAUACUUACAUCCAAUGUAACUCUGAGGAAAUGAGGCCCCCCAGGUACAUUUUGAUAGUCCCAAGGGGUAUCUGGAACCCAAAGACAUCGUAAGAACCCUGGACAUUUGGAGAGAGGGAGUUACCAAGGACAUAGGAACUUAGUGAAUAAGGAAAAUAUUUGGAAAAAGGAGGUUCCAGAAAGCCAACUUGCCUCCAGUGCUAAAGGCAGGCUCGUUAUUCCAAGCCAGUAAAACUGUUCCUGGUGGGACCUGACCACAUCAGCUGCUGUAGCCACAGUGUGCCAUCUUAUCAUAGUUAUGGAAUUAUGCAUUUUCAGAGCAACUCAGUAUACUGUAUUCUUUUCAAGAAAAAGUGCAUCACCCAUCGUGCAUUACCGUAUUCAAAUUUUCCCUUGGUCUGCUUCCCAACGAAUUGCCUAGUUUAGCUCUGUUGCUAUGAGGGUUUUCAUCUGGACAGUCUGGUCCUGGUUUAGCCUUCCAGGACGUAGGCUGGCACAAGCUCCAAUAUUUACAGUUGAGAUUUGAGAGUCUGUCUAGAAAUGUAUUCCUCAUGAGAGGAAGGGUAGAAGGAAAAGACCCUAAAUUGCCAAAUCUAAGAAGUAAGCUGAUCAGAGCAUGUGCCUAUUUCCAUGGCUAAUGGGUGUGUAACGGGACAGUAAAGAACUUCCCUGGUGGGUUGUGUUGAACAGCUGAGGAGGUGUUUUCCUUGGAGAUUUUUCAUGAACUGGGAGAUGAGUCUGCAACAGGGUUGCUCUGUGACUAGCAUGAGGAAUGGCUCCCUAACUAGAACAAACCUCAGGAAAACUUCUGAUGCAAAGAAUGCAAAUGAGCCCCCGCCCCAGCUGGGCCGCUGUUUUCUGCCAUUACAGGAAGUGUCUGUCAAUCAAAGCCUGACAGGGGAGAUAGAGCUUUUUAUUUUGGAAGCCAGAAGUUUGAGAACAAUGACUGGAAUUUCCUCUUUCUGUCCAGCAAAGGCUGUUUGUCACUGGGGAGAUAAAAGUCCAGGGGUAGGGAAUAAAGGUUAUCAGGAGCUGCGCAACACAGAGGCGCGUGGGGGGGCAUCGCGGGAGGAGGGGUUACAGAGGAAAUCUAUUUCAAUGCCUGUCAUUAAGUUUCCAUUAAAAGAACAUUCAGUUAGGAAUUCAAAAAUAAUUUAAUCUCCACAGCCAGAUGCACCCAGCUGGACUCCUUGGAGCUGAGCCCUGGAGAGGGAGACUUGCCCUGGAGCUGCAGGGGCUACCGUGGGCCACCGUGCAUCUCCAUCCAGCACCUCCCACUCUGCCCUGGGUGCUCUAGAAGACGUAAGUAUCCUCCAGGCGAGUGAGAAACCCCAAGACCUGUGUUACAGGAGAGCAGACUUACUGCAGGGGCUGCCUCCUGAGCUCUUACUGUGUGUUAGGUUCUGUUCUAAGCAUUUUAUAAACAUCACCUUAUUUAACUUUCCCAAAGAGCCAAUGAAGUGUUAUCAUACCUGCUUGUCACUUGAGGCAGCUCGGGUAAAGAACCUGUCCAGAAUCACAGCUAGGGCUGAUACUCAAAUCCAAAUCUGUCUUGAAAGCCCAUGAGUUUAAAAUCACUCACGUCUACAUCCUAACAUGGCUCACCCUCUGCUAGGAUGCCCCACAGCCAACAGACAUUUCCCUGGAGCCCACAGGCAGUGACACGUGUUCUUGGUCCUAUCUUACAUUCUGGGAGAGACUCCUGACUGCUUAGCACAGGGUAGAGCCCGUAGCCUGUGCUUACAAACACCUUUGGACUCACAUGUUCUAGGAAGAGGCAGUGUCCUCCCAGGGCCUCUGGGUAAUCUAGCCAAUUAGCAUCUGGAAUUAUCAUGGGUACGCUGAAGAUUUGUCUAGGCUGCUGGUGCAAACUACCCUCCUGUAUCUACAUAUAUUCUAAAUAUAUAUACUAAUCAUAUAUAUGUUAUUUUAUCUCAACCUCUGAGUAAUCCUUCAUUUGAGGCAGAGACAGAUCUCAUUCCUGUUUUAAUAGAUGGGGAAAUGGAGUCUCAGUUAUCCCCAGAGAAAUAUAUUUUCUAUUCAUCUCUGUGUUCCUAGCACCAACAUGCUGCCACAAGUAGUCAAUAAGUGGUGU